AUGCCCAAUCCGUACAUUGGAAACGGUGAUGCGGCACGUUAUGUCGAGUACUACGCUUCUCCUCGUAUGCAGAGAGACGCGGUGUAUCGCCUCUAUAACGAAGGCAUUCAGCGCCGCCAGGAAUCACAGCGCCGCGCGGAGGAGGCGGUGUACCCGUCGCAGCCACGGAUAUACCGUACGCAGAAGGAAAUUGAUGAUUACGUGAACGCGAUGGUGUACUCGGAGGUUUUUCGUCGGCAGAAGAAGUUGGCGGAGUUGGAGUGGGAGUUGUACCACCCAACACCAACGCGUUACCUUACAGACCAGGAUAUGGCGAUGCAUGUACAGCACAUGUACGACCAGCAGUUGCGUAAAAGAGAACGUCGGGAACGGGAGAAACAAAGACUUUUUGGCAUGACACCAAUUCAGAAGAAGGAGGUGCAGGUGCGAGAGAAGUUCCACGAACUUGAGGAGAACUGGCGACCCCCGUCCUUCCACGUAAAGUACAACGAUGGGAAGAUGCUGCUUGUGUCGGAGUUGGCUGCCAUCAACUCCGCCUCUCCACCCUCUGAGACGCAGGCGGGAGAGGCACGUGGUUGUCGACACGCUGAUCCACAAAGAUUGCAGCAGCUCGCACAGCCAUUGCGAGUGACACCGAAGUUACACAAGGAGACAGGCAAGGACGCGCUGAUGCCCCCAUUUCGUCUAUUUGGUGAUGUCAUUAGAAAAAUUGAGAAGAGGCGAUGA